UGUAAAAUGUGCUUUUCAAAGGGCUCAGAGGUUGAUGGGAAUGUUUGAUUAGCUCCUCUGAGAAGAAAAGGUGCUUGGACCUCUUGUUGUUGUUUCUUUUUUAGAAUAAUUUGGAUGGGAUUUGUGAUGCAGAAAAGCUUAAGGAAAAAAGGAUAUCCAUUCUGUGUGGUGAAAAAUUCUUGAAAAAAAAUUGCUCUCUUCAAACAAGGGUGCCAUUUUGAUAUUUAUGGGUAUUGUUGUCCUCACUAUGAAGGCAUCUGUUAUUGAAAUGUGCCUUGUUUUGCUGGUGACUGGAAUACAUUCAAACAAAGAAGUGACAAAGAAGGCUAAAAGGCCUAAAUUCACUGUGCCACAGAUCAACUGUGAUGUCAAAGCUGGAAAGAUAAUCAAUCCUGAGUUUGUUGUGAAAUGUCCGGCAGGAUGCCAAGACCCCAAAUACCACGUUUAUGGCACAGGCGUCUAUGCUUCCUACUCCAGUGUGUGUGCUGCUGCGGUUCACAGCGGUGUGCUCGAUAACUCGGGAGGGAAAAUACUUGUGCGGAAAGUAGCUGGACAGUCUGGCUACAAAGGGAGCUAUUCCCGUGGCGUGCAGUCCUUAUCCCUGCCACGCUGGAGAGAGUCCUUCAUCGUCGCAGAAGGUAAACCCCAAAAGGGCGUAACCUAUCCAUCGGCUCUUACAUAUUCAUCGGCUAAAAGCCCAGCUGCCAAAGCAGGUGAGCCCACAAAAGCCUAUCAGAUGCCGUCAGUUCCAGGGACAACCACACAGCCAGUCACCAUGACACAGGUACUGGGGACCACCCCAGUGGAAGACACUCACACCACCUUGCCAAAGCCAUCCCCAUCCAUGGACUCGACCACCAGCAACCCCAGACCACAGCCCAUAGGCCACAGGAGCCUGGAGCUGGAUCUCUGGUCCACCACCACCUACACAAGCAGCAAAAACAGCCCCCGUGCCAACCCAGGGGACGCGGACUUGUGGAAACCUGGACUGGUGCUUUUAGAUGCAGGAUUUGUUCCAAAAGAAGAAUUAAGCACACAGUCUUUGGACCCCAUAUUUCAGGGAGAUCCAAACUGCAAAAUUGACUUGUCAUUUUUAAUUGAUGGGAGCGCGAGCAUUGGCAAACGCCGAUUCCGAAUCCAGAAGCAGUUCCUGGCUGACAUUGCCCAGGCUCUUGACAUUGGCCCGGCGGGUCCGCUGAUGGGUGUUGUUCAGUAUGGAGACAACCCUGCUACCCAGUUUAACCUCAAAACUCACACGAAUUCCCGAGAUCUGAAGACAGCCAUAGAGAAGAUCACCCAGAGAGGAGGACUGUCUAAUGUAGGCCGGGCCAUCUCCUUCGUGACUAAGAAUUUCUUUUCCAAAGCCAAUGGAAACAGAGGCAGUGCUCCCAACGUGGCCGUGGUGAUGGUGGAUGGCUGGCCCACCGACAAGGUGGAGGAGGCUUCGAGGCUCGCGAGAGAGUCAGGAAUCAACAUUUUCUUCAUCACCAUUGAAGGCGCCAUUGAAAAUGAGAAACAGUACGUGCCGGAGCCCAACUUUGCAAACAAGGCUGUGUGCAGAACAAAUGGCUUCUACUCAAUCAGUGUGCAGAACUGGUUCAGUCUCCACAAGACCGUGCAGCCCCUGGUGAAGCGGGUCUGUGACACCGACCGGCUGGCCUGCAGCAAGACCUGCUUCAACUCUGCCGACAUUGGCUUUGUCAUUGACGGUUCCAGCAGCGUGGGAACAGGCAACUUCCGCACAGUUCUCCAGUUUGUGGCCAACCUCAGCAAAGAGUUUGAGAUUUCAGAGACGGACACGCGCAUCGGGGCCGUGCAGUACACCUACGAGCAGCGGCUUGAGUUUGGGUUUGACAUGUACAGCACCAAGCCUGACAUCCUCAACGCCAUCAAGACGGUGGGCUACUGGAGUGGUGGGACCAGCACGGGAGCCGCCAUCAACUACGCCCUGGAACAGCUCUUCAAGAAGUCCAAGCCCAGCAAGAGAAAGUUAAUGAUCCUCAUCACUGACGGGAAGUCCUAUGAUGACAUCCGAAUUCCAGCCAUGGCUGCCCAUCACAAGGGAGUGAUCACCUAUGCAAUAGGCGUCGCCUGGGCUGCACAGGACGAGCUGGAAGUCAUCGCCACUCACCCUGCCAGGGACCACGCCUUCUUCGUGGAUGAGUUUGACAACCUCUACAGAUUGGUCCCCAAAGUCAUCCAGAAUAUUUGCACAGAGUUCAACUCGCAGCCUCGGAACUGAGUUCAGAGUAGGCAAAUGCUGCUUUUCUGGAGACUCUCGGACAACCCCAGUGCUUAUGGGCACAUACAGGGCAGCAAGGCACAUAGGGCUUGAGAAAUGCUGUGUUGUUCUGAUUCUUUGCCAGCGUGGGUUCUUCCUACUUCAAAACUUGGAGUUAGAGAGAUGAUCAUAAGUGUGUAGAGUGAGCCAAAAUGACACAUCCUUUUGAAGGUGCUGAGGGUUUUACAUUGUGACAACUGUUUUCAAAAUAACAGAAUAGAGUACAGCACUUAUGACAGGCUGAACCAAAGCUUUUGUGAGGUUUUUAAAAAGUUUUUUACUUCUCAUGAGAAUUCUGUAACCCUCAACGAGUUUCAUUUUUGUUAUGACAAUACAGGAAUU